AAAAACGAAGAUUCGGCAUUUGAAUAGAAGAGAAGCACACUGGCAGUCAAGAUGGAUUACGCUAAAUCGAUCGGUCACAUUGUGAUUGUGUUCCUUCUCUUUGGGACAAUUGAAGCAUCUGAACCAAGGUGUUUGUCACGUUUUGACUACGACGAGAAAAUGCUGCUUAAGUUACUGAGAUUUGAAGACACCAUUGAGAAGUUUAACAGGAAGAUAACCGACAUGAUGAAUACGUUUGAAGAUAACGAAAGAAAGAGGAACAGUGUUACAAAAGAGGCUGCGGAUGAAGCAAAACUAAAAACGAAGCAGAUAAUGGACGAAAUAAAACAAAAUACUUCAAAUGUGUUAAUGAACGACUCGAGAAAUCUUCGAACGCAGAUGCAAGAAGUAGAAACACUGAGGGCUCAGAUGAGAGGAGAAAUGAACAACCUUCAAAGCGCUAUUGCAUUGAACAAAAAAGAAAAUGCUGCUAUAGCGUUCACAGCAUAUGGUCCGGUAGGUUCCCCUGUUCGAUUCGGCACCGUCCUGACCAACAUUGGUGGCCACUAUUAUCAGACUACAGGAAACUUCAACUGCACUGUGCCUGGACUGUACUAUUUCACUUUCCAUUUAGUGAAGUUGCGAUCAAGUACAGUAGAUUCGUGUAGCUGUAACCUCGGCAAAAAUGGUCAGUCUGUUGGAAUAAUGGCAUACAUAGAUCCGGAAGAUUAUUCGUCUACUACAGGAGGUGCAGACGCCGGUAGCUACGGUGUUAGCAGCGGGGCGAACCUACAUCUUAUCAGAGGGGACACAGUCCAACUGGUCUCUUGUUCGGCGGUUGACAAGUUUGAGAACCGGUCUUCGUUCAGUGGGGUUCUCAUCAAGGCUGAUUAGUUGUUUGUCUUUGAGGAUUAUAUGGAGCUGUUGAACGAAUGUAAGAUUGCUACUGAUAAAUUCAAACACAAUUCGUGACGUGGAGAAUUAUUGAAUCAUGGACGUGUUGAUUGUGUGUAGCAGCCUUAUAACCUCUUGUACGUUUUGUAUAUUUUUUAAACGUUGUUUUCUUUGUAUAAACUUUCACAACAUUGCAGCUGCUUUGGUGAUUAGUCAAUGAACUAAAUUAUCGAAAACGUUUGUUGUCUAAAUUACUUUGCACAUGUGACAAAAAUAGCGGUACCACUAGAAAUAUACACAUACAACUUUCAUAGAA